CAGUUGGUGAGGUCUCGGGGGUUGUUCAGAUGCAGGUCGAUCUCGGUCCAUCAUGAGUCCCAGGUCCAGAAAGGAGCUGACAUUUGUUUUGUUUCUGACAGUCCUUAUUUUUCGAUCAUAUUGUAUACCACCAUGCACAGCGUCAAGGUACUGCCAGAUUCUGAUAUGGGGUCCAUGGUCAUCUUGUUCUUCGGGGUGCGGACAAGGGGUCAGGUCUCGACUACCGGGGCUGUGCUGUCCGAGGGGGGUCACUGCCCAGACCAUCUUUCAGGAAUGCGCGGUAAAACGCUGUAACAUGACGGAGAGUGAGUACAACCAGACGGACACCUGUCUGUCCACGGACACCUGUAUCACAGCUCCAAGAGACACAACCUCAGUCACCGUGCUGAGUACAUCAACAAGAGGAACAACAAUGCAGAGCACAUCGGAUUUUCCGAAAAAAACAAAACUAGAUAUCCCCUACCCUUUCGGAUUGGUGACGCUCUUGGUGAUAUCUACGCUGAUAAUGGCUGCCCUCGCUUCCUGUGCAGGUUGUGGUGUUUUUGCUGUCAAGAGGCGCAGGGACAAAAAGCGGAAGAAUUCUAUCCAACCAUACAACACAUAGUGUAUGGACGAUGAAGGUCUAUCCGAGUUAUCGGUCUUUGUCUUUGAGACAUCUUUAAUGUAAUAGUAUAAUGAAAACUCUUUUUGGGGGAUGGUUAUUUCUACGCAACAACAAGAACAUGUUAUCCAUUCUAUAUUCUAUAUCAUUCUAUAGAUAUGAUAUUGAAUGUCAAUGAUAGAGAGACAGAGAGAGACAGAGAGAGAGAGAGAGAGAGAGAGAGAAAGAGAGAGAGAGAGAGAGAUUCAUUUGGCAUACAUUUAUGUAUUAAGAGGGCUGAAUGGUCGUUUUUGUACCUUACUGAUUUCCUUUAACAGAAGAGCUUUGUUUAUCAAGUUUUAGUUUUAUUAAGUUUGAUUAUAUCUGAUUACGAAAUUUAAUUAUAUAUGACUCAUUUGUUUUUAAAUUACUGAUCGGGUUUGUCCUUAAAAAAAUGGUUCAUCAAAUAUUAAUUUUAAUAGCACAUAAAACGACAACUGUUUUAAUUUUAGGGGCUUAUUCAGUACUCCCAUAUUGCUUGUUCUUCUUUUCCUACUUUGAUAAUUGGGUGACUGGAUUUCCAACUCUUUUUGAAAUAUAAAAAGAAUUGCAAUGCGUCACCAUAAAUUGUUACCUUUGUAUGCAGAUAUUCAGUUACUUGCGUAACUUUAUUUAACAGGUGCAGAUAUCAAAACGAACGUAUAAUAUACUAUUUAUAAAUCGUGUACGUAUCGGGUUUCUGGGUUUUUUUCUGCUGGGUAUUUAUUUCGGAUGCACUAGGACUUCCUCUCUGUGUCAGUGUGUCAGUAGAACAAGGGUGGGACAGGGCACGGUGCUGAUUCAGCAACUUUCCCGCUUCAUCUAGAAUACUCCCUGUAAAGCAGUGUCCGAUCUGUAGUUCUGUAACUUGGCGGGGAAAUUCGGGCUGACAUGCCAUGGGCAAAAAUCUACGGCAUGUCGAAUUUCCCCGUACAUCUACAGACCUAUACUGUAGCUACGUCGGCAAGCGCCUUGUGGGAAUUUGUCAUACUAGGCUAAGUGUUCCAAUUUAUAUAAUAAGCAAAUAUCUUAAAUCCAAAUAUUAUUUAAAAGAAAAAACUGCAAGAAAUUCCAAUACUAUGAGGAUUUAACAUGCGAGUUGUGUUUGAAAUAUAUAUAUAACCUAGAAUUUACUGGGUAUAUCUAGUAUGAAUGCAAAAUUUACAAAGUAACAAAUAUGAGGAUUGUUAAGUAAGAAGCAUAUUUUUAAUGUACAGUUGUACAUUUAGCUACAUAGUUACAAACAAAAUAAUUGUAUGUACAAAAAUAUAUCCAUUAUAGGCUGCAAAUUCCAAGUCAGAAAAUGUUUUUUUCUGAUUCAUGAGAUAGUCGAACAAAUCAUAAUGUACCAAAUGCAGCAAUCCUUAAGAAGCUUUGGCUAAAGCAAAAGACAAUAUAUAAAUAGUGCCUGUUUGGGAGGGUAACUGUUGAAAUUAACACCCCGAGACAACCAUUGUCAACCGACGCGAAGCGGAGGUUUACAAUGGUUUUCGAGGGGUGUUAAUUUCAACAGUUACCCUCCCAAGCAGGCACUAUUUAAUUUAUUACACUGAAUGUCUUAAUUUUAAAGAAAAUUUUACUGCUUUUAUAUAGAAAUGAAGUGAAUUCUACGGCGAACCGUACGCGCAUAAUUUACGCGCAAGUAACAAUUCGUUGUGUUACCCUUUGCCAAAUGUCUUGCUAACGCUGAGGGUAAUAGAACGGAUUACCAACUGCAUCUAAACCAAUCAGAUUUCAGUAUUUAACAUGA